CCGGAAGUGAGCGGCCCGACCAGCAGGGAUGUUAUUCUUACUGCUUCGUUACGAGACCGGAUUAUCGUACCAAAUUUAACCCCAAAAAAUAAAAUAUCUAUGAAGUCGUUUAACUCAGUCAAGUCGGUACCUACCUACUAAAGAAGAAGAAUGACAGCGACACCCAGAAGAUAGACUUGGACCCUGACUGGACGUCCUGUGAAGAUGGAGGACAAAUACAGCAGCAAUGUGCUUUCCAGUGGAAAGCUGGGCAUGGUGGAAGUGCCUAACGCCAGGUUAACCAGGUACUUAGUUUUACUGCUCAUCUCCAAAGUGCUGAAGGCUCUCGGGAUAUUUGAGUCAUAUGAUGUUCUCAAAGUGGUUCAUAUUGUCCAGUUCAUCUUCAUACUGAAGUUAGGGAGUGCUGCCGUUUUGCUUUUCUUUCAGAAGCCUUUCUCUUCAGGGAAGGUCGUCUCCAGAAGACAGUGGAUAAAAUUGCUCAAGCAUGCAGUGAUCAGCUGCAUCAUAUCCCUGCUGGGUUUCUUUGGUUUAACUCUCUGUGGACCUUUAAGGACUCUGUUGCUGUUUGAGCACAGUGAUGUGGUGGUCAUCGCCCUCCUCGGUGUGUUAUUCACAAGUUCAGGAGGGGGACCCUCCAAGACCAGAGGUGCUGCCUUCUUCAUCAUAGCUGUGAUUUGUCUCCUCCUUUUUGACAACGAUGAUCUCAUGGCAAAAAUGGCAGAACACCCUGAGGGACACCACGACAGUGCCCUCAUCCAUUUCCUGUACACUUCCAUUGCAUUUUUAGGGGUUGCUGACCACAAGGGUGGAGUUGUGUUGUUAGUGGUGUCGUUGUGUCUGAAGGUGGGCUUCCACACAGCUUCUCGGAAAUUGUCAGUUGAGAUAGGGGGCACCAAACGCCUUUACGCCUUGGACAACCUGGUCUCUGCCAUGGUGCUGCUUCCCUGGGUGGUGGUGCUCUCAGCCACCACAGAGAACAAGGUUAAAUCGUGGUCUGCCCUCAUUCUGCCAUUUGGAAUGAUCAUUUUCUCUGUGAUGAUCCUGGAGUUUUACGUGGAGUCCAUCUGCAGCACCAAGAUGGAGACGCCAAGGUGUGCCCGCUAUGGGACCAUCUCCCUCUUUCUCAGUGCCCUGCUUCUGGCCAACUUCUGGACCCACCCACUGACCGACCAGCUGCGGUCAAUGAGCAAGCCGCCUCAGCAGGAGAGCACAGAGCAUGUGCUCUCUGGAGGUGUGCUGGUCAGCGCCAUCUUCUUCAUCAUGUCUUCCAGUAUUCUCUGCUCCCCGUCAAGGAAAGGUCAGAAGGGUACCUUGGUAGGGUACUCACCCGAGGGGACCCCACUAUACAACUUCAUGGGGGAUGCUCUCCAGCACACAUCUCAGUCUCUCCCUCGUUUCAUCAAGGAUUCCCUGAAACAGAUUCUGGAGGAGUACGAUUCAAGGCAGAUCUUCUACUUUCUCUGUUUAAAUCUGGCUUUUACAUUUGUGGAGCUGUUCUACGGCGUGUGGACCAACAGCCUCGGCUUGAUCUCUGAUGGCUUCCACAUGCUGUUUGACUGCUCUGCUCUGGUCCUGGGUCUUUUUGCUGCCCUAAUGACCCGCUGGAAGGCUACCAGAAUCUUCUCCUAUGGGUAUGGUCGUGUGGAAAUCCUCUCGGGUUUCAUCAACGGGUUAUUCCUGAUGGUCAUAGCUUUCUUCGUCUUUGUGGAGUCAGUCACACGUUUGUUGGAUCCACCUAAUAUAAACACAGACAUGCUAACUCCAGUUUCAGUUGGGGGUUUGCUGGUCAACUUGGUGGGGAUCUGUGCUUUUAGCCACGCCCACUCCCACGGAGGAGGCAAAAGCUGCUCAUCACAUGACCAUGGUCACUCACAUCACGGUCACAGCCACAGUGAGCACAGCCACGGUGGCCAUGGGCACUCCCAUGGAGGCCAUGGCGGGCACGGUCACGGUGGUCAUGGCCACUCUCAUGGAUCUAGUGCUGGAGGCAUGAAUGCCAACAUGAGAGGAGUCUUCCUGCAUGUACUGGCCGACACGUUGGGCAGUGUUGGUGUGAUCAUUUCCACCAUCCUCAUCCGUCAGUUCGGCUGGCUGAUCGCUGACCCGAUUUGCUCCCUCUUCAUCGCGGUCCUCAUUUUUCUCAGCGUCAUCCCACUGCUGAAAGACGCCUGCGAGGUUCUUCUGUUGCGAACCCCACCAGAGCAUGAAAAGGACCUCAACAAAGCCCUGGAGAAGAUUGAGAAGAUUGAAGGAGUGCUGUCGUACCGAGACCCCCAUUUCUGGAGGCACUCGGCCAGCGUCAUUUCAGGGACCAUCCAUCUACAGAUCAUGUCAGACGUUGUGGAGCAGAGGAUCAUACAGCAGGUGACAGCCAUUUUGAAAGAUGCUGGGGUAAACAACCUGUCAGUCCAGGUGGAGAAGGAAGCCUACUUCCAGCACAUGUCGGGGCUCAGUACUGGAUUUCAUGAAGUCCUGGCCAUGACCCAGCAGAUGGAGUCCAUGAGUUACCUGAAGGACGGGACGUGCAUCAUGUGACCUCCGUGUGUGAUGGACCAAAUAAAACUUAAUCCCUUCCUCGCUUUUUUCAUUGAACUGUAUAUGUGUGUUAUUCAUGUAAAAUAAAACGGGGUGUG